UUUAUCACUAUUGGAUAGAAAAUAGGAUGUUCCCUUCAAGAAAGUCAAUUAAUAAAAGUGCUGUUAUCAAAACGCGUCUGACCUUAACCGUCGAGGAAGAAAGAAUAAGUGAAUGGAAGAAACAAAAGAACUGUGAUAUAGAAAUAAGAUGUGGUGAAUUUCAAACCAAGGCACAUUGUUGUGUUUUGUCAAACAUUUCUGAUUACUUUACGGCCAGUUUAAAUUUUAAUAGAUUUCAAACACGAAAAUGUAUUCUAAACAAAGAAUUUGUGUUCUCUGAGGCGUUGUGCCAAGUCAUUAACUUUGCAUAUACUGGGUUUCUGGAAAUAAGUAGUUACAGCGUACAUAGUUUGAUAGCAACAGCUUCCUAUCUUCAAGCCAAACUCAUCAUAGACGAGUGUGAGAAGUUCUUGAUAAACAGCAUCGAUCGCUCAAGUGCCGUUUCUCUUCUUCCUAUUGCAAUUCUAUUCUAUCUCAGCACUUUGAUCGAUACUAUAGUCUUAUGGAUAUCUGAAAAUUUUUAUACAUGUGUUGAGCAAAAUUCGUUCAGCAGUCUUUCUAAUGACGAUUUCAAGUUCCUAUUGAGGAAUAGAAAUCUCUCUGCUUUUCGGAAUGGAAUUCCAGUCGACAAUCCAGAACUCAAUAUCCUCGAUGCUGUUGGUAAAACAUUAACAGCUAAUCAGGUUUAUGAUAUGUCAACUGUCAAACAUAUUCUUAGUGCUAUUCUGUUUUCGGAAAUUCCCGAAGAUGAUCUGAGUUCUAUAUAUGAUAUUUAUCCUGCAUUCCAUACCAUUGAUAGAUCCACCUUUACAACUUUGCAAACGAGCGAUCUCAAAGAAAGGAAAUUUUCAAAUUCCUCGAAAAUUUUAGAAAGUUGCAUGUCUUAUCUCGAAGUACCAGAUCACUUAAAUUUCGUAAAAUGUUUUGAGAACGUCCCGUCUAUUAACGAUCGCCCGAAAAAGGUAGGGUUAUGGGUUACAAGAUGGGAAGGAUUUAUUGCAAUUGGAGGAAUACGAGUGGAGUAUAAAAGUAGAACAAGUGUACUUCAUGGUAUCCGACCAAAAGCACGACAUUCCAUCUUAUCGGAACAUGAAUUUGAACUUGAUGAGGAUGAAGUCAUAACAGGUAUAAAUCUUAGGAGUGGUAUGCUAACCGAUAGUAUAUCAUUCUUUACUAAUUAUGGUCGUACGUAUGGCCCGUAUGGUAGUAAUAGUGGGUAUCCGUCAUCUUCAUCUCCCUCAAAACAACGUGGUUACUUCCAUUCUUUCCGAGGAAUUGUAUUGAAAGGACGCUAUGAUCACUUUAUCGCCAUCAUCGAUUGCACUUGGGUUGUGUUUAAAAUGACCAAUACGGACUACGACAGAAUUGUGAAAGAAAGCUCCAAAUUUGAUGACUACAUACGUAUGCGUGUCAAUUUCGAAACCGACUGGAGGAAGCAUUUUAGGGGAUCGGGGUUUCAAAGUUUGACGUCUGUGGUGGAAAGUGUGGAUUCGGAACCAUAUGUGGUCUUUGAAAACAAAGCUAGUUUAUCUUACAAAUUUUAACUUAUUUUAGUUAUUGAUUUUGUUUGUGUUGUUUAAUGUGAACAUAUU